UUGAAAACGACAGUCUAUUGAUUGAAUAACAGUUAAAGUUAUAAAAUGGCUGCUCAGCUUCAGUACUUUAAGAAGGCGUUUUUUCUUUCCUUGGUUUUAGUAUCCAUCUCUCACCAUGUUAAUGCUGCCGUUGGACAAGAUGAAAAAUGUAUUGUGGACAAAACCAAGCCCGCGUCAGAGGAGGGUAACUACAUGGACUGCACGGACGAAACUCUGGUGGCCCAGGGCAAGACGGACUGCUGCGCCCAGGACGGGUCGGUGGGCUGCUGCAAGCCCGGGGAGAGAUGGGGCAAAAUGAUCGCCAUUGGAGUGGGCAUAAGUGUGACCUUUAUCGUCCUCGCUCUCCUGUAUAUUUAUCUGUUUUGGUGCAAAAGAGGCACAGUACCAUUUCUGGACCGACUGUUUGAUAGAGCCAAGGCAAAAUACUACGCUGCGGAAGAUGCUAUGCCGUGCUGUGCCAGUAGGACAGAGCAGAGGAAACAGGCUGCAGAGAUCAUGGCCAAGUCCAAGGACCAGCCGGCGCUGUCCCUCCCCGAGGACGUGCAUGACGAAACGUCCAAGGACCGCUGGUGGGACGGGCAGUUCAUCAAGAACGAAUAAACACAGACAGAAACACGGACAUCGCUGGCAAAAUUUUAUCAGUUACACAUCAAAAUGUCAUAUAAUUACAUAGCUAAAUUUAUCACUAUUAGGUGGAUAAACUAUAUUUUAUGUUACCUUCAAAGCCAUUCUCUUGUUUGUCUAUUUAAAUGAUGAAUACAGUACAAAACAGUUUAUAGUAAUCCCUGAACAGUAAAACCUGGUUAAUCCAAAUCUUGUGUAUUUCCAGCUAUUCAGACAUGCAUACGUAAACUUAUUUAUAGAGUUAAUUGUUUUAAAUAUUUUUGUUUCUUGGCAAAAGUAUAUAUUUCUAUACAUGAAAAACUUUUUGUAUAAAGUGUCCCUAUCCUAAAGUCAACAGUGCAUGCUAGCACAACAAUGUUGCUUUUCAUUAAAUGUGCAUAUAUUACUUAAACUGUAUAUCCAUAAAACAGAAAAGAAUGUAUCUCUUUGUUUAUUAAAUUACCAGGAAGAUAUAUCUUCCACAUCACUGGUAACAUUGAAUUCAAAAAAGCAUCCAAUUUCAACUGUGCUUCACAACGUCUUAACAGUAUUACUUUUCCUUAUUAAAUGAUUCCUUUUUAAAAAUACCAAAUAGAGCAGUAUUAACAAGAGCUUGGACAUUGGGCAGUAUGUGUCAAACUUUAGUUUGAUGAAGGCAGGGUCU